UUUCAUUUACUGGAUUUCUGUUUUUGUUUUGGAAAUUUUAGAAGUGUGUUGAAUUGCUAUGAACUGUGCACUAUUCAUGGUGGUGUUUGCUGAUUACAGGUGCCCCAAGUGCGUAGAACUAAAGCUUCGCCGUGAAGGUGCUGCUUUCUGUUCCCAAGAGUGUUUCAAGGCAUCCUGGAGUUCCCAUAAAUUUGUUCACUUGAAUGCAAAAUCUUCUUUAAUUGCAUCUGAAAGUUAUAGUGAACAGAACUUGGGUCUGCCGGGUGACGGCUGGCUCUACUGCUUGAUAGAAGGACAAGCACAGACACCAAAACUUCCACAUUUUGACUGGACCGGGCCAUUAAGACCAUAUCCAAUGUCACAGAAACGUAUAGUACCUACUCAUAUUGAUCAACCUGACAAUUAGUUUGAAUGUUAAGAUACUUUAGCAAUAUACAAG